GAUUGCGUAGGACUGUCUGUAUUCAUUCUCAUUCGGGUUCACGCGGCCUGGGCCAUUAAUCCCGAACUCACUUCUCAGUAAACUUGACAGCUGGCUUUGAAAAUAUUUUUCGAGACGUUUUUGAACUGUCUUGAAUUUCGUUCAUUUUAAAAGAAAACAAUUUAGGAAUAUUAAGUUAUCUGUUCCAAUUUCCUUCUAAUAAUCAUGGUGAUAAAUUUUUCGUUUUUCGUUCUACCUUCAUCCCACUAAUUGCUUUUCUUUUCCUUUUCAGCGUGAAGUUUCUACAGUAAAUUAUAUUACACGAGUUACUAGGAUAUGACAUCUUUUCAUCUAGCGGCCAAGAAACACCAAAGAAAUGAUCAACAAAAUGUAAAGAAGAAGAAAAAAAACAUCAAAUGCCRUCGAAUAAUACUCUCACGAAAUUCAUCAAUCUUAAGAAGAAGACUAAUAUGACCGAAGCUCAAGUUAUUAUACACUAUAUAGAAGAGCGUGUUUUUCUUCAUGGUGGAGACCUAAGAUGAAAGCUAGUGAGUCUACGGCUAGUCAUGAGACUAGGGAAGAUGAGGAGGAGACUGUUUUAAGGGAUCAAAUGGAGAGCAAGACAAAGCAGGAGGGUUCACAAGAAGUAGACUGUGAAAACAAUUGUUUGAGUGGCAUUAAAUGGCCGACAGGGCAGCAAGCGAAGAACCAGGGCAAAAAACGAGGAAUUAUCAAUGGAUUUCGGAAGAUUAAGACUGGAAUUGUUACCCAUGGUGGUAGGACUUCUAAGCUUCCAGCUCGUUUUAUGGAAACGGAUUCAGAGAACGAGUCUAUUGGGAGUAAAAAGCGAGUUCAGUCGAGGAAGGAUGAACAAGAAACAUCUGGUGAAAGAAGCAGUACGUGUUCUACGAGUAAACGAAAGAUUUGCAAAAAUGGUCGAACUGAGCCUCUUGAAAAGAAAGCAGGCACAAUAGGUAAACGAAAGAGAAAAAGUAAGUUAUAUUCUGAGGACGAUAUAGACGUUGAUAUGCUAGAAAACGGAGUUCUAAAUGUUAAUUCAAGUUAUCCUUCGACGAACACUGCUACAACAGAGACGCUGUCUCGUAGCUUGAAAAGAAACUUGUGCAUUUCUCAUUCAGAAACAGAGAGUUCUUCAGAUGAGACUCUUCAUCGUAAGAGAGGAAGACCUCCAAAGACUGCUGUGAAAAUACCGAAUAUCGCGCGUGGAAAAGCGAGUGAAAGCUUCGUUAGUAUUUCGCCACAUGGCGACUGUGUUGUGAGUGCCCCGAAUGCAUCUCUAACGUCACCUAAUGUGAAACCAAAGAAGAAGAAGAGAAAAUUGCUUARCGGACUUCGUUCUGCAAGCGUUUUUCAGGGUAUAAGUAGUGAUGAUAGCAGUAGUGAUUGUUCUAGUCCGAAGAAACGAGGACGACCUCCAAAAACAAAACAUUCAGCUUUGUCCGCAUCGGAGACGAAACUUCACGAGUUCGGUUCAAAGAAUGGCGUAAGAAAACCCUGGGUGCGGCCAGUGUUGAAAUCCUUACAUAAACGAGCUUUAUUUAGGUCCCAUGAGGAGCAUUUGGAUAGUUUACUUGAUUCUUCGGUGAAAAACAUGACUAAGGUUAAAGCGAAACUUGCGAAGAUGAAUGGUUUUUCUGUAAGCCGUGAAUGCACCAACGGAGAGCUGAUCAAACGUAAACGAGGACGACCUCCAAAAAUAGACUCUGACAAAAAGUCCAAGUUAGCUAGAGACGUGUUUUCUUUUACUGAUGAAGAAGAUUUAGAUUCUAGCAGCUUCAAUGGUCAUCUGAAGAAACUCAAGAAGCUAAAAAAGCUUGAUAAGAACAAGCUAGGGAAAAGACCUCUUGCAGCUUCAAAGGUAAACAAAACAGAAAAACUCCUUGCUAAUAAGCUGAAGAAGAAAGCUAUCAAAAAAGCAAAACAGACUCUUGCUGCAAGUGAUAAAGAGUCCAAUGUUGGUAGUGAAUCGAUGGACAAGAACAGUAUUGAAUCAAUGCAAUUCAGACGUCGUCAGAGGAACAAGAUAGACAGGGUGUUAGGAAUGAGACUAAACACUGUAGGGCAGUAUGAGUAUUUGGUGCAGUGGAAAGAUGGUACCAGCUGUUGGACAUCUUCUGACCAGGCUGCUGAUUAUGAAUUGGACCUCAAAUCAUUUCUUGGACAUGAAUAUCAAGAGUUUUGUAGCAUAAACCGAUUGGUAUUUAAGGCAUAUUUCCAUGACAACUUGGAUAAAUUGCAUGUGCCAGAGUCUGAAGCUGAGGACUAUCAUACUUCUGAUGACGAGACUGGUCAUUAUGUGAAUGAUUAUGAUGAUGACGAUGAUGAAAUCUUUUCAGAUGCUGAUGAUAUAUUUGAUAAUUGUAUAGAAACUGUGAAAGAAGACCCUAAACCCAAAAAGCGGGGAAGGAAAAAACAAGAUAAUGAUAAAGAGUUUCUAUGCAAAGAAGUGUCUGUGCAGAAGCUUCCAGACUGUGUUCAUAUUACUGUACGGCGGUCAUCAGGGAAACAAAUGCGGGUCAAUCUCAGGAUAAUUGAUUCAUUAACUCUUGCUUUAGAGGAAGCUGCUGUUGAUAAGGCUGAGACUGUUGUUAUUAGUGGACUUGGAGAUGAUAUAUUUUGUGGAGUAGACUUGGAUACUAUUGUUACUAUACCAUUGGAGGGAGAAGUAAAGAAUUAUAGAAAAGAUGUAGAUAAAAUAAGGUAUCUAAUUCAAACAAUCCAGUAUUUUCCUAAACCAGUGAUAGCCACUAUCAACAAGCCUGCAGAAGGACUAGGUGCACAGCUAGUAGCGCUGUGUGACAUGGUCUGUGAUAAGUCUGCUCUUGGAGAUCCAGUGAAUCUUGCUCUAGCAAAAGCAAAUGGAACAAUCCCUUACUGCUUUCCGAGACUGAUGGGUCAUGCUACUGUGAGUGAACAUGUACUGAUGGGAGAACCACUCUCAUCACCGGUAACAGACUGGAGAGACUCUUUAUCAGAAAUAUUCAAGACUACUAGAUUUACAUCUGAACUUUUAACAUCUGUGGAAGCCAUGACACAGCUACCACCAUGUUUACAAGGUCCAACACGUCUGGGUGAAAGAAUUGGCAAUUGUUCAUCAGAAGAAGAACAGAGACUUUCUAAGGAAGUCGACGUAGAAAAGAAUAAAGUUCAAGAUUCUUUGAAAGAGCUGAUGGCAUUUUGGGAAAAUGUCACUACAAAGGUUACAUAGUUUAGAGUUUUUUUGUAUGUUAAAUAGUUUACGCAUACAUAACAUAAUGUUGACAAUGCAGUGUUGAUAUACUAAUUUGUGAUUUUCUGCAUGAUCUGUCAAUAUUCUUUUUGACCAUUUCAUGAAUGUGUUAACAUUUCAUCACGCAACUAAUACAUUAAUAAUUUUGUAAAUCAAUAUGGAAUUAAUUUCAUCAUUCAUUAUGGUCGGUAUGCAAGUGCAAAUUAUCAUCUCAUUCCAUAUAUUUCUUGAUUUCUUUGCACUGCUAUAAAUGCAGGUAUUUUGUCAGAGGUCUGUGCUGAGAGUUGUACAAUAUAUAGGCAAGAGCCACAGUUUUUCUCCUGUUUAUGGCAUGUCUUCAUCAACGUUUGCUUGAAAAACCUAAAAAUUACAAAUAUAUAUACAUAAUCUGUUAUUUAUUGAUAAAUUUUCUCCAAUGGAGGACGAAAAAUAAGGAAUGUAUCCAUACCCAAUAGAUAAAAAGCAAUAUAUUUAACAAGAAGAGAUAUUUUUGCAGGAAUCUUUUGUAUCUAGUUCAGAUGGUACAGUGUAACCUUGUACAUAAUUUAAUUUGUAAACAAAAUCUUGUAAAAACUAAAAAUAAAGAAAGAUCAAUACAAACAUCAA